AUGUCAAAAAAUUCACCUUUACUUGGAGGUCAUGGUCCUAGUUCAUAUGUCAAUCCAUCAUCAUCAGAUCCAUCUAUUUAUUACCAAACUAACAGUAACUAUCAAAAUAAUAGUAAUAAUAUAUACAACAACAACAACAAUAACAACAAUAGUAUAGUCAAUUCCCAGCCUAUACUUGGUAGUAGCGAUGAUAUAGUUAUUGAAUCCAUCCCAAGGUCUCGAAAAUUCACUCCUGUUAAUUCUUUCUGGAAUACUGUAAAAGGUUUUGCUGGGGCAGGUAGUUUUGCAUUACCAUGGGCAAUGUCAAAUGCAGGAGUUUUUAUAGGAUCUAUAGGAUUAAUAUUAAUAGCAUUGUUAUCAAAUUAUACAAUGACCAUUCUAUUAAAAUGUAAUAGUAAACUAGCUGAUGAACAGCUUGGCACAGAACGAGCACCACCGUCAUACGCCGAUCUUGGUCGGAGAGCUUAUGGUAGAGUAGGUGAAUUGAUUGUAUGUUUUGUCAAUCUAUCAGUUACCAUGAGUAUCAGUGUGGCAUUCCUUAUUUUAAUUGGUUCCAAUUUUGGAAUGUUGACUGGUCUAAGUCCAUCCUACACCAUUUGGAUUUGUGUCCCUAUAGUUGCAUCUUUAUCAACUUUAACAAAUAUGAAAUAUUUAGGAUUUACAAGUAUAUUUGGAGCAUUGGCAUUAAUUAUGGCAAUGGUGACGGUGAUUGCAUAUGGUAUAAAAGAUUAUCCAAUACAUAGUUUAUCAGAAUACGAGGUUGAUUAUAGCAAGAUACCUCUAUGGUUUGGUGUAGCAUCCUAUUUCUUUUGUAAUCAUAUCGUUGUCGUCCCGAUCAGUCACGAUUCAGGCGACUGUCACAAAUACCCGCGUAUAUUGGAUGCAGCAAUGGUAUUCAUUACCAUCAUUAAUGUAUUAUUUGCAGUGUUGGGAUAUCUCUAUUUUAAUUUCGCCAUUGUCAAUGGUGUUGUUGGAGUACCAUCAAACAUUGUCGAAGCAUUACCCGACGGCACAUUUGCCAACUUGGUGCGUAUGUGUGUUGUAUUCGAGUUGGUUUGCUCCUUUCCAAUUGUAUUUGUAGCAGGAAUCAAUGUAGUUGAUUCGUCAAUCGAUAUCUUUCACCGACACUUUACAGCAUUCCCAAACAACGAUGUACUACGUGCCAAUGGAUCUCUAAAGUUCUUUAGUCGUAACUGGAAAUAUUAUAUCUUUCGUUUUACACUUGUCUGUGUGUUGGCCGCGAUCGCCUCAACCAUCAAGACGUUUGGUAGUUACAUGUCACUUAUUGGAUCGUUGAUGCUUAGUACAACGGGAUUUGUUCUACCACCUCUCAUCUAUAUGCGAUUCUUUGAGCAAUCGCUUCGUUCCAAAAUCCUUCAUUAUGCAAUCGUCCUAUUUGGUAUUGCAGCUACAGGUCUAGGUACCUACCAAUCUAUCAUGUCUUUAAUUCAUCCUGUAAAGAGUGAUGAUUAA